CAACGUUGAAACGGCGUCAUCCGGUUGGUCCGUUGAUGAUCCGGCGCGAAAACCGACGACCGAGGCUCGCGUCCUAGCGAGCUUUUAAUUCAUCGGUUUAGCGAGCGGAAGUAUUUAACCGAGUUGCUCUUGUUCGUUUGAUCGCUUUGAACCUUCGGGUUCCUUUUGUUGCUCCGAAAUGUCUCACGAGGGCCGGAAGCCGAGUAGUUUCUACUCCUCGACCAACUACCUGAGCCCGCUCGAGCGAAAGCGCCUGCGAGCCAUCGAAAACGAACCGCAGGCAACAGAAAUUAAGGCGAAUCAGACUUCAAACAAGCGCUCCGCGAAGAAGAGCUCUCCGAAACGUCGGGACAACGCCGGCAAGAAAACACAGCCGACCGGCAAGCGAAAGCGGAGCGCCUCGGAUUCAUCGAAGACCGCCAAGUCGAAGCCGUCCCUGCAACAACGUUCAGUCUCGACCCGCAAGGCUUCUUCGGCAGCUUCUGAGAAGAAGGCAGUUGUUAUACCACUGUCUGACAGUAAGCGGGCUAUCUCGGUGCCGGCAGCUACUUCAGAGAGUUCCGAGCCGCCCGCAAAGAAAGUCCGCAAGUUUUUCUCGUCGGGACUGCGCGCUCCAGCGAACGCGGCCGUCAGCAGCUCGAUGGCUGUUGCCACUUGCGUCUCGUGGAACAAAAAGUUCAAGCUGAAGUUCGAGCCGGCCGUCGCGCCGCUGAAAAAACCGUCUACCACGGCUUCGUUCAAGUCGGUCAAGAAGGAACUGGUGAUGACUGUGCCGUUCAGGCCACCCAAAGCGACAGCGGAAACUGUUACAUCCUUAAAGAGCGUCGACGUCGCUUUGCCUGAGCCGGAGUUAAUUGAAACACCGGAUAAACGUACAACAUACUGCAUUGGGCCACAGAAAAAUGUCGGAAAGAAAACGGCAAAAAGGGAACUGGCAAUGACGGUGCCUUUCAGACGGCCUCAGGCUGGGACUGUCGCAUCCACUUCAAGAGCUGACCUCACCGUGCAACAGGUACCUCACAAACUACCCAAGGAAACAAGAGGCGAGAGCGUUGAGAUGCGACAGAAGGAACGUGCCGGAAGUAUGACGGAUGUACCUCGCAAGCCGCCAGAGGAAACUAGAGCCAAAAGCGUGAUGGUGAUGCAAGACGCGGAGCAGGCCAAAAUUACAACUGAAAGUGGUCACGUGCGUGUGAGCCCCCUCGCAGCAAAGACCAUCUUGGAAGAAACGGGGCACGAGUUUUCCGGUGUGUGCGAGCCGUGUGGCAAAGUGGAUGACGACGACGUUGCGGUUGACGAGGAUCGCAUUUCCUUAAACAAAGAUGAUGCCUUGUCUUCCGCAACUGAGCAUGAAUGUUCUGUCGUAUCCUUAGAGGCCGAAGGGGAGCAAAGCAAUGCUGUUGUCACUACCCCGAUCCGAGGCAGUAGCACACGCAGUAGCACACGCAGUUUCAUGCUCCAAGACCGCCACGGCAGUGCAAACCGUUCCCUUCCCCUGCGAAGAUUGCGAACAAAUGUACAGGAUACUGCAGAUGGCAGGAAUUUCAGAGAGCGUUCCUUGCCCCCGAAGGCAUUGUGCACGAAUAUACCAGACCACGCAAGUGGCACGGAACUGUCCGAGCGACCAAGUACGCCGCCCCCAGAUAAAACUGGCAGCCCAAACAGACAGUCUCUCUAUCCGAUCUUCUCGACGCCAACCUCAAACCGCAAGAAAAUCGUGGAGCUGCAGAAAAUUCCCACCUCGCCCAUCGAGAUGCCGAGGAAACGGUUCAUUCUGGGAUCAUCAGACCCAGCGCAGCUCAUAAUCGACGCCGGACAGAAGAAGUUCGGACACACUACGUGUGGCACGUGCGGGAUGGUGUACACGAUCGGAGACGUCGAAGACGAGAAGCUGCACACCCAACACCAUCGGUCCUACCUGGCUGUUGUGAAGUUCCCGGGCUGGAAGAACCAGCGUGAGGUUGGCCUCUACCCGGACGGCAAGGUCAUCAUGGUGUCACCAAACGAUCCCAAGUGCAUGCUCAACAAGAUGGAUGAGAUACGGCAGAUGGUGGACAGGGAGCUGGGCAUACUGGUGGAUGAGUCGGCUCCCCGUGCUCCUCAGAUGUACUUCGUGUUUGUAUCGUACACGAAGAGCGUGCUCGGGUUCCUCUCCGCUCAGGAGAUCAAGCAGGGUUACAGAGUAAUCCCCAGCGAUGACGGAGACAUGAGGAACAGUUACUGCUCUGAGCGCGAGCCGAUGCCAGCCGUUUGCGGAGUUAGCCGGAUUUGGACAGCUCCGUUCUACAGGCGGAAGAAGGUGGCGUCGAGGUUGCUAGACCGACUCAGGAUGAACUUCUCCUUUGGCUGCCCGCUCGACUCGCGCAAGAUCGCCUUCUCGGAUCCCACCCUCAUGGGCCGGGAGCUGGCUGCGGCGUACACGCGGAACGACAGAUUCCUCGUGUUCUGCCCCUGACGUACCUCUCUCAGCUGCCCAACUCUCAAAGUUCAAAUUUUCGAAGCCACGCACAAAAGUUCUUGAAUCACAGGGCCACGAAGAAACAAACACAAUUUUCGUCUUACCAUGAAGCUGUUACCUCAAGUAUUUCCCUGGCUUAAAAGUGUUGCCUGAAAUAUAAAGUCAAUGUGCUGCGACUCGUGCACACAAGAUGCAAAUAUUAGCAACAGUUUAAGCUAAACCUAGGACACAAGGAAACUUUAGUGUCUUAGUGGCUUGCCUGUUUCGUCAGCAUUGAUGACAAUUGGCAUGGCACUGUGAUGCAAGGUAUAUCUUACGACGUUUCAUCUAGUCACUUGUUAAGGAAUCCAAUAACACCAUUACCUUGACAACCGUUGUGACGGAGCUGACGAGUUGACCAAAAACAGUAUAAUGGAUUACAAACCAGGCAUAUGCACUGAUCUGCUUUAUACACCAUCACAUUGACAAUGUAGUGACAGAGUUGAUGAGUCAACAGACAAAUGGUAAAGUGGGUCACAAGCAAGGCCAGCGCGUAUUGCGUCUAUGCGCAGGAUACUGUUCUUUGCGCAAUUACUUUAUUAGUUUUGUUAGCUUAUGGUGCUAAAGACAUUGCAUCUUACUGCAGUGUUUUGAAUGUUAUACUGUAUAUACUACCAAUGUUCAACAUAGGCUGUCACUGUGUAGCGGUGAUGUUGACUCGUUAACGGUAGCUUUACAAUUUCGAGCUAACGCUAUAAGCGUGACAGAGUUGACAAGUAUUCACAGAAACGCGUCACAACUGACACACUACCGUAAAAUGUGGUCCACUGUUAACAGGAAUGCCUGAACAGUAGUAAAGGUGAGACGAACAGAACAUUGCUUUCACGAAAAGAUAGAAGUUGAUAAAAUGAAACAGAUGUACAUUAAUGUGCAGAGCACUUUUACACAGUCCUUUACGUCAUAUCUCAGUGACAACGUGACAGCAUGCUGACGGCUCAUUCCUAUUUAACAGUAGACCACGCUGUCCAUUGCGUCAUCGGACAAAGUGCACCUAGCACUGCAAAGUUAUGUUGUCGUUAUUGCCUUGGCGAGAAAGGUGUCCACAAAGGCAGCUUUUCCACUGCAAACAAUAUUUGUAAUGUUUGUAAUGAUCACAGCAGAUGAUCCUGCAAAAUAGUUUGUUGCCGUGACGUUGACACUCUGAACACUUUUGUACAGUAAUCGCUUUGUGUUGUUCUGUCUUCAUGUACCGACUGACUGCAGAGGCCUGCUGAACAUUUUUUUUUUUUGCUUUUUGCUCUGAACAAAUAAAAAUACUGUAUUUAUAAAGCA